GGGAACCACAAGCCCUAUUUCAAAUGAGAUUUUAUAGUGUUUUCUUAUUUCAUUUUUUAAAAACUGAAGUACCAAUUUCACUGUCAAUUCCGUAACCAGGAAGGAACUGGGUUGUAUCUUGACAAAAAAGGUGCAAGCACGCCCGCUACGUACUUUCUGUUUCUUGUCUGUCCAGAAAAUCAUUUCCUGUUCGGAGUUUUUAUCUUAACCAGCCAGCAUUUGUUCGCCUUCAGCUCGUCCACGUAAAGACUAAUGUUUGCCUAUUUGACGUGUCUGUCAGAGGUUUUGUUAUUUAAAUGAACGUAGCGUUUCGUGACAUAGUUGUCCAAAUCUAACUUCAUUGCGGUAUUAGCCGUGGAUUCUCACAGCAAGUAGGCGAUUAAAGUUCGCCGAAGAGGAAAGGAUAAAUAUGAAUUUCCUUAUCGGACAUGUUUUCUCGCUAAUGGCUCUAGUAUCAUCUCUCCGGAUAAUGGAAGGGCCACCUCUAAAUUGUACUCAAGAGGGCCUGAGGUGCAGUGCAAAUAUAAGUGACUGCUCUGACGGGGACAGGUGGGUUAGGCCCAGGUAUGAAACCUCAACCAGCCCGUCGAAAUCAGAGCUACAGGUGGUGGCUAGAAGAGACGAGAAAGGGGACCUGGUGCCCGUGAUCUCGGCGAAAUGGUGGGCGCGGACAGAUGGAAGCAUAUUUUCCCUCAAAGGAACCAAGGUGCACAUACGACAGGAGGCCAGUAACCAAAGCCUUUGCGUUUAUUACGUUUUCCACAAUAAAAUGGAAAUGGUGAACCCUAGGCAUGAAGCGUGGUCAUUUUCAUUGGACCGAGUUGUUGUGGAUCCCGGACAGAAAUACUCGAUUUACAUUUCUAAUCUGCCUGUACCACGCAUUGGGCAUAACAAGAUUGACCAAAACUUUACCGUCCCAGGGUGCAAUGAUCCUAAAUUACAGGAAACAGAAGUAUGUUUGGAGAGUGGAAGCCUGUGGGAACCUAACAUUACCCGGAGUGUAUCGGGUUCGGGAGCAGCGAUGACCGUGAGUUUUAACAGCGAGGAGCACUCUGAGAAAUACACUGUGUCCGUCCAGUGUCCGGACUUCAGAGACUCGCAGACCGUCUGGAAGGAAAAUGAGACGUCCCUGAAUGUGACGUUUGCAAUGGACCAGUGGCCUGCGACCUGCUGCGAUUAUGACAUUGUGAUCCAGCCAUUUUUUAUUCGGUGCAGCGAGGACUGUGCCCGCCUGGAGAGAUUUAAGAACUGCGUCCAUGACCCAGGAUACUGUGGCGGACAAGUUUUAAUCAUUUCUUUCCUGGGACUGCUCCUUUGUUGUGGGUGUUUUGCACUUUGCAGAAAGACCUUGACCGGUGUGAGAAAACCCUGCCCUCCAGGUUCCUUGAGCGACCCAGCUGCCACGCCCACUGCUGUCUCUCGACAAGAGCCUCUCCAGCUGAGCACCCCAAGGAAAGUUCUGCUGAUCUACUCGCUGGACCACCCUCUGUACAGAGACGUCGUCCUCAAGCUGUGCGCCUUCCUGAGGGCCAAGUGCGGCACCGAGGUGGUCCUGGACCUGCUGGACUCCGCCUGGCUCGGCACCGUGGGCCGCAUGCAGUGGCUGGACUGGCAGAAGCAGCAGAUCGAGAAGUCGUCCGACAAGAUCCUGAUCCUGUGCUCACGGGGCGUGCGCGCCAAGUGGAGGGCGAUGUGCGGAGAGGGCCGGGUGAUGCUGAGAGAGGACCUCCGCUCGCCCAUGGGGGACAUGCUCACCCCCGCCCUCAACCUAAUCGUCCCAGACGUCGUGCAUAGCACCUCCUUUCAGAAGUACAUGGUGGCGUACUUUGAGGACGUCAGCUGCGAGGAUGACGUCCCCGCGCCGUUCAACGUCACCGUCAAGUACAAGCUGAUGAAGCACUUUGAGGAACUCUACUUCAGAAUCCUGGACCAGGAAAAACAUGAGCCGGGAAGGGUGAACCGCAUCGAGGGAAUAGCGCUAGAUGAAUAUUUCAACUGCCCCUCGGGUAGAGCCUUGAGGGACGCCAUCGAGACUUUGCAGGCCUACCAGCUGGAGAAUCCAGACUGGUUUGAAAAGGAGUGUGUGGACAGCGAGGAAGAAGUGUCAGAGUCCGAGCUACAGCACCCUCUUCUUGCAGACACGUGCGGAGGCCCCAUAUUUCAGUGUGUGCCGGAGUUUCAGGAAGGGCCUCCUGUGCUUGUCAACGAGGUGGAGUUCAAUGAAGAUGCCAGAGGCGUCCGGGCAUUAAUCCCUCUCGUGAACCAGGGAGGGGAAGGGCUUUCCACCCACCAGCUUCAUCCUGGCGUUCAUCCCAGCGACAGCCACCUCUGUUACUCGCACCCAGUCGUUGAGGCCGAUCCGCUGAUGUCAAAAUGGAGCCUCCGCCCUUCAGCGAGCGAAGGUCAGCCUUGCUCAAGGAACGCCGCCGCCCCGCAGGAGCCGCCAACACCGAUGAGGAACACGUUUCAUUUGCCGGGGGAGGUGUGGGGGUCGUCGUCGGGAGAGAGCGUCCCGGUGGAGAACCGAGACGAGGCGCCGACAUCGACCGACCGCCUCUCACCUACCGUGCUGCGGCAGCUGCAGGCCCUCCAGAGGUCGUUCGGCCCUGCGGAGGACCUCGCCUCCGCGCCCGUGGGGGUCGUGGACCACAGAAAAAGGCCCCCCAGCGGAUCAGACCAGGGGUACAUCUCCAGGUCCUCCCACCACCAGGACUCAACGCACAAUAAAUCCCAGAAUCCACUGGACGCUCUGACCAGACUCCAGGAAGCUUGUCUCCUCAACAGCCUCAAGCCGUCAGGAGACGUGCCCUCGAGUGAAGCAUCUUUUGGACAUGACCGCCAAUAAUUGGGCGGCAGUGUAGUAUAAUGGGUAAGGAACUGGACUUGUAAUCUAAAGGUCACAGUAGGACACUGUCUCAUCUAAUGUGAUACCAGAGACUAUUUCAAAUCAGCGACUACUGUGAUUUCAAACAGGGAAAAGGUUUGGUCAAUCCAUAAAUGAAGGGUUUCAUUUGAUUACCGUGCAUCACUGUUAACAACUCCCGUUUCUUUUAUCCUGUCCAGCAACACUGUGCAAAAUUUCGAAAGUGUGAAAAAUGUAUGCCAUUGUAUAAUAAAAGUGUUUAUAGUGAUUGUA